GAUGGAGAACACCCUGAACACGAGCAGGUCUCAGAAGAAGGGGGCAUCUCCUGCAAAAAGAACAGCAGCAUCUUUUACUGCAUUUCCCUUCUAAUAACUUUGCGUGCUGCUCACUUUGGGCUCAUUUUCACUGCUUUCCUGAAGCACAGAAGAUCAAACCUUUAUAUUUGUUUUAUGUGAAGACAGAGGGAGAAAAAACAAAGUAACUCAAUUUUUCCCAGUGUAUUAAUAUUCGGAGCAGCCUUUCUCUCCGCUGCAAGUUUCUCUGCGUUGUGGGAUUACGCCUGCGAUGUUUGUGGGUUUUAACGUGGCUGUAAUAAAUUUCACCGCUGCUGGAUCUGACACCCGUGUGGCGGGGGCAUCGAGUCCUUCUAAUGGAUUACAACCUGGCUUUGCCAAUCCAGAUUAGCAGCUCGGGGGAAAGAGCUCACUGCCAAUAAGUAUGAUAAAUUACAAAGAGAGGAAAAAAGUAAGUACUCUUUUCACUUGUCUCUCCGGCUUCCUCAUACUGUGCCGCACCACCUCUGAGAGAGGUGCGCAGUGAACAUUUGCCACCGUUUAGGAUGCUAAGAGCGGUAGACAUAGCUAGAAUUAAGUGAGCGAAAAGGCAGCUGUCGGACUUCACCGAUACGCAGCCGAGCAGCUCCGAGCGAUCCAGUUGCAAGUGCCCGGUCCCCUCAGAUUCCGGAAAGUUUAGCCAUGAGGGCGGCUUUCUGGUCAGAUGUCGAUGGCUGUGUUUCAAGCUCCUCCCUGGCUAUGUGACUGGAAACAGUGAGAAAGGCAUCUGUCCUCGAGCGCUAGUAGCGAGCCAUUGGUCAUGACAGCAACUACAGCGGAGAUGACCACCUGACCUUAGCUCCAGUCCGAUCUCCCACGUCAUCGCCCCGUCACACGACCGAGGAGUGUCCACCGUCGCAUCCCCUUUGUGAGCGGAGCACCCCCUCGUCCCUCCCCCGGGCCAGGAUGGUCCCUCCCCCUCCGACCAACAAGCCCCACGUGUGCCUGUCCACCAUUCUCAUUAUGAGCAGCAUGGCACUGAUGGAUGCCUACCUGGUGGAGCAGAACCACGGCCCACGCAAGAUUGGCGUCUGCAUCAUGGUCAUGGUUGGGGACGUCUGCUUCCUCAUCGUGUUGCGCUACGUGGCCGUGUGGGUGGGCGCCGAGGUGCGUACGGCUAAGCGCGGCUACGCCAUGAUCCUCUGGUUCCUCUACAUCUUUGUGCUGGAGAUCAAGGUCUACUUCAUCUACCAGAACUACAAAGCUGAUCGCAAGAGCCUGGACACUAUUGCCCGGAAGGCCCUGACGUUGCUUCUCUCCAUCACCGUACCAGUGCUCUACGUGAUCCUGGUGGCUAUCGACCACAUGGAGUACGUGCGCGCCUUCAAAAAGAAAGAGGAGAUCCGCAACCGGCUCUUCUGGGUGGUGGUGGAUCUCCUGGACAUCCUGGACAUUCAGGCCAACCUGUGGGAGCCCCAGAAGAAAGGACUCCCGCUGUGGGCAGAGGGCCUGAUGUUCUUCUACUGCUACAUCCUCCUGCUGAUCCUGCCCUGCGUGUCGUUGAGUGAGAUUAGCAUGCAAGGCAUCAACAUUGUACCCCACAAGAUGAUGCUUUACCCCAUCCUCAGUCUGGUCACAAUCAACAUCAUCACGCUCUUCAUCAGAGGCGGCAACCUCAUCUUCUACAAGGAUGCCCGAGUGUCCGGCAUCCUCAUGGGGAAGAACGUCCUGGCCAUAAUCCUAAAGAUCUGCAGCUUCGCACAGUAUCGCAGGCAGCUGCAAAAUGCCCCACCCACUUUUGGGGCGGAGCUACAAAAGAACUCCGUCCCCCACGCUCGGCCCAUGCCCAUGCCCAUGCCCAUGGCUGUGCCCCCCCCAAACCAGGUGGUGAUUCAGGACCAGACGCCCUUGCCAGAAGUGACUCCCUGCGAACACACGUGACCCACGGGGCACCGUGUAGAGCCUAGCGGAGUGUGUGAACCCUGCGUGGAAGCUCUGCCACCUCUUUCCGGAAGCUGUGUUUUCAUGCUUUUCGGAACCUGGACUGGACAGUGGAUCUCCACCAUGCUGUGAAAAAGAACUAAAAGAGGUAUAUAGAACGUAUAUUUUUUAAAACAACGAAUAACGAGAUUGCAAAAAUUUCUCCAAACAAAAGAACUAUAGUGUAGUUUUAGUGUGAUUUUCCUUCACUCAGAUUUUCUAUUUUAUGUGACCAA